UGAGAUGGCAUGACGCGAGCAACUGGGAAAGCCGGAAGCCUCGAGUAAAGGACCAACUCAAAGUUGACUCUCCUUUCUUCUCCCAUUGAAAUUUCCACACUGCCAUGUCUGUUUCCUUCCAUCCAACCUUUUCUUCUUUCAUCUUCUAGAUCCAAGGAAGAGAUCUGGCAGGUAUGGAGGAUGAGAUGCGAGAGAGUGGGAUCGACCACGAGGCCGACAGAAACACGAAGAACACGAAUGGCAAGGAGACAAUCAAAGAAGAAGAAGAAGAAGGCGGAGAAAUAGAAGAAUCGGUGGAGAGAAUAUUCGAGAGCAGAGAGGUGCCUUCUUGGAAGAAGCAGCUAACAGUGAGAGCCUUCGUGGUGAGCUUUGGGCUAAGCAUUCUCUUCAGCUUCAUCGUCAUGAAGCUCAAUCUGACCACCGGAAUCAUACCAUCGCUCAACGUCUCCGCCGGGCUUUUGGGAUUCUUCUUCCUCAAGACAUGGACAAAGGUCCUCCACAAGUCCGGUCUUCUUAAACAGCCCUUCACCCGACAGGAGAACACUGUCAUUCAGACAUGCGUUGUGGCCUCCUCCGGCAUCGCCUUCAGCGGAGGCUUCGGGACUUACCUCUUUGGGAUGAGCCAACGAGUUGCCAAACACGCAGGCGACUCUUAUCUCGGCUUCAAGGACCCUUCCUUGGGUUGGAUUAUGGGUUUCCUCUUUGUUGUCAGCUUCCUUGGCCUCUUCUCUGUCGUCCCCCUCCGAAAGAUCAUGAUCAUAGACUUCAAAUUAACAUACCCCAGUGGCACUGCAACUGCUCAUCUUAUCAACAGCUUCCACACGCCUCAAGGGGCUAAGCUAGCCAAGAAACAAGUGAGGGUGUUGGGGAAAUUCUUCUCCUUCAGUUUCCUCUGGGGAUUCUUCCAGUGGUUCUUCACUGCAGGCGAAAACUGUGGCUUCUCCAGCUUCCCUACAUUUGGGCUCAGAGCUUACCAGUACAAGUUCUACUUUGAUUUCUCAGCAACAUACGUUGGUGUCGGCAUGAUAUGCCCAUACAUCAUCAACGUAUCUGUUCUUUUGGGAGGAAUCCUCUCUUGGGGGCUGAUGUGGCCUCUCAUUGAAACCAGAAAGGGACAUUGGUACCCUGCUGAUGUUGACCCCAGCAGCAUGAGCGGUCUCCAGGCUUACAAGGUGUUCAUUGCUGUUGCUAUGAUCCUAGGAGAUGGUCUAUACAAUUUCUGCAAGGUGCUAAGCCGAACACUUUCAGGAUUAUUUGUGCAGCUCAGAGGUAGUAAUCAGAGAACCGGCCUUCCACUUGAAGAUCCUCCUUCCCCAUUCAGCCCAAAGCUAUCCUAUGAUGACCAACGCCGGACAAGAUAUUUCCUCAAAGACCAAAUUCCUUCUUGGUUUGCUGUUGGAGGGUACGUGACAAUAGCUGUAGUGUCUACGGCGACUCUCCCUCAUAUGUUCCCCCAGCUGAGAUGGUAUUACAUUCUGGUCAUCUAUAUCUUUGCCCCCAUCUUAGCCUUCUGCAAUGCAUAUGGAGCUGGACUCACGGAUUGGUCACUGGCAUCAACCUAUGGGAAGCUCGCCAUAUUUACAAUUGGAGCGUGGGCCGGUUCUGAGCACGGUGGCAUCCUGGCAGGCCUAGCAGCAUGUGGAGUUAUGAUGAACAUAGUAUCAACGGCCUCGGACCUAACACAGGAUUUUAAGACAGGAUACCUUACAUUAUCCUCUCCGAGGUCAAUGUUUGUAAGCCAAGUGAUUGGGACAGCGAUGGGUUGUGUAGUAUCUCCAUGCGUGUUCUGGCUAUUCUACAAGGCAUUUGAUGACUUGGGCCUUCCAGACAGCGAAUACCCUGCACCGUUUGCCACUGUGUACCGCAGCAUGGCUAAACUCGGGGUGGAAGGUGUCUCAUCUCUACCAAGAGAGUGUCUCGUGCUAUGCUAUGCAUUCUUUGGUGCAGCCAUUCUCAUAAACAUGAUGAAAGAUGGUCUUGGUAAUAGAUGGGGGAGAUUUGUUCCUCUACCCAUGGCAAUGGCCAUCCCGUUUUUCCUGGGCCCUUACUUCGCCAUUGACAUGUGCGUGGGAAGCUUGAUUUUGUUUGUGUGGGAGAGGGUAGACGCUGCCAAAGCUGAGGCUUUUGCACCCGCAGUGGCUUCUGGUUUGAUAUGUGGGGAUGGGAUUUGGACUUUGCCAAGUUCGGUGCUUGCCAUUGCUGGAGUUAAACCUCCCAUCUGCAUGAAGUUUCUCUCGGGUGCAACCAACGCAAGGGUUGAUCAGUUCCUGCAAAGCUCCCCCUAGUUUAAGCUUGUAUGCUUCAUUUCUUUUUUUUGAAGUUUUUGAUGAAGGUGUAUUAUGUUAUGUCUUUGGUGGUAUAGAGAGAUGAGGCGGUUUGCUGUAUCAAAAUGCACACUGCACAGCACAUGCCAAUUUUUCACAGGGGUCUCUUGUCCCUUUUAUAAACUAAAUGUGUUCUUGUUGUA